UGUAUUCUGCUACAUGUUCUUGCUAAAAUAAAAAUCCCAAUACGUGUAAAUUAAUUGGUUUAUGUGAAAGUUAUAGCAUCUACAAAUGGCGGUAUAUAUACUGGAAUUUAUUUAUUUUAUUUUUUAUACUAGCAAUGGCGGCGAUCAGAGACCUAUAGCAGAACUAACUGCCACUGACAUCCCCAAACUGAUCAUUGUAUUGGUGUCACUGGGGAUGUCAGCGACACCAAGUCAGUUCCCCCCAGUGUUAGAUUGACUGCCACAGUCCCGCUAUAAGUCGCUGAUCA